UUCCAAUCCCUAAAAAAAUAACGGAUGAAGGUGUCGGUUUUAGAAUGCGUUGUACUAACGAUCGUUGUCAUUUGGCUAGUUCAUUUUUUCUACAUAAAAAAUGUUCGGAUAAAUUGGAAGAAAAUUUAUUGAAAAUUUUGGCAAAUGAAGGUUCUGCUAGAGGGUGGACAGAUGCACAAUUAAGAAGUAAUUUGUGGGAAAAGAAGGGGCAAUCCUUAGUUGGAAGAAUUUUACGUUGUCGAUGUGGAAUGGGUGUAAUGAGUGUUGAUGUUGAUUUUUACAAGGUUUUUAUUCGAAAAAAAUUUUUUUUAAUUUUUUUUGAAACGAUGUUAAGGAAAUGUGGGAAGGCAUGUAAGUAAGGUAGGCUGUAAAGUAAGUUUAAAGGGUAGUCCGAAGGGAACAUAACUAUUCCGAAAUGACAUAAAUAGGCCAAAAGGGACCUCAAUAUUUUAUAG